AGUCGCAAAAGCCCGGAUGUGUUUUGUCAUUAUUCGAAAUCGAUCUCUGUAAGAUGUAUUCACCAGCAAACGAUCGUUUGCAGCAUUUCAGACGUCGAGAUCAUUCUAUGGCAAAGGAAUAUGUACACUGGGAGUACCACAAAAAGCAAGAGCACAAUUAUUGGGUAAAUAGAGAUGUAGUAUGGAAACGGGUGACUUAUUAUGAGCCUGGUAUUGACGAGCGCAUCACAAUGUACGUGGAGGACUCGGACAACAGAGUUACCCAGAUUCUCGAUGAGGACUACACGAGUGAUCAGAACGAAAGUAACGAUGAUACGUUUCAAUUUAAGCGGAACUUUGACCGUGAUUCUCGCCGAUCGUACCGAAAGCAUAGACGACAAUGCGCGGAUGGAAGUGACAAUGACUCUAGGAGAUCUUUUCGUGAGGGUAGCGAAAUACUAUACAAUUCGAAAUAUCAUCAAAGCAAACAUGUCAACCACAAGAACCUUCUCCACCUUCAUCCACCUUCUCGGAUGGAUGUUAACAAAAGUGUUUCUAACGACAGAUCGUCCCCUUGCCAAAAACCACCUGAGGUCAAUUUUAUUCGUUCCUGUUAUGGCCUUAGUAAUGAACUGGAACUGGACACAAAUCAAAACAUCAACAACAUUGACGAUGUUAAUAAAAAUGACUUGGCAUCAGAGCAUGUUUCUGAAGUUACAGAAUAUGCCUCAGAAGUUUUGGAAACAAUUACGCCCUCAUCGUUUAAACCGGAAUCAACUAAAGAGAAAAGCAUGCCUCUAAUACCAGAUUUUGUAAACGAACUUUCCUAUUCACCUGAAGUGGAAUCUGAAAUAGGAACAGCUUCUAACACGGAAUGUAAACGCACAAUGGAACUGGACACAAAUCAAAACAUCAACAACAUUGACGAUGUUAAUAAAAAUGACUUGGCAUCACAGCAUGUUUCUGAAGUUACAGAAUAUGCCUCAGAAGUUUUGGAAACAAUUACGCCCUCAUCGUUUAAACCGGAAUCAACUAAAGAGAAAAGCAUGCCUCUAAUACCAGAUUUUGUAAACGAACUUUCCUAUUCACCUGAAGUGGAAUCUGAAAUAGGAACAGCUUCUAACACGGAAUGUAAACGCACAAUGGAAAACUUAGAAGCUGUAAGGGCGGCUGACAAAUCUACAACAAAAUUAAAUUUAGAUUUAUCGAAUAGGAAACGUCACAACAGCGUCUCUAACUGUGAAAAUGUGAAGCCGAAAAAAAAAUCCAAACAUCGAGAUCGUGACACUUUGAAGUCAUGCAACAAAACAAUAUCAACAGCACAAAUUAAGGAACUGCGUGUUGUUUUACAGAGAUUAGAUUCAACGAUGUUAGAUGGUAUUCGUGUUUCUACGGGACAGUGUGAUGCAUCCGAAUUUAAAACGCAUCAUAGUGAUCAAGCGUCCUGGACGAACGGGCACAGCAGUGUCUCUAAUAAGCACAUGAGCGAUGUUUCAAAAAAGGGCACUAAUAUCAAGCUUAACGAUAGGGUUCCUGUGCUUCCCCAUAGCAGUGUAGAUGUCGUGAGUGACCAGUUCGCAUCGAAGAAGUCUCAUUGUCAUAAACAGGACAAUUACAAUUUAAAGAAGAGUGAAUUGAAAGCCAAUGUUAGGCGUACCGACAAUGAUGAGAAACGACAUCUUACUAAACAUGUCAACGGUGGCCAACGUGAAGUGAAGUCUCAUCAUAAGAACAAGGGCAGUGAUAAGAAACGACAUCACAGUACUAAACAUGUCGCGCGUGAUCAUACCAAGGAAAUUCGACGUUUUUGUCUAAUGGUAGGACCAAAAUACACUAAAAAGUGCCAGCAAUAUGGAUUUGCAUGUACGAAAUCAAUUCAAACAGAACAUCGUUCGGUAUGGCAAAAACUAAAGGCAUAUAUAAGAGAAUCAAUCAAUUCGAAUAAAAGUCCAGAUGAGAUUGAAGGAGGAAUUGAUAAGCAACUAGAAGAAGUUGUUAAAGCAAAGAAAGAACUAGUUGUUGUUCCCAAUGUGAAGAAACAACACGAAAUUAAUUUUCUUCGAAAAAUCACUGCAGGGAAAGUUUCCAAGGGUUCUGUUACUAUCAGACCAUAUAAAUCUGUAACUGCUAACUGUAUUUCGUUGACAAAAAUGACUGAUCUCCCCUGUCAUGAACAAUUUUAUAGCCUACUCGACCAAGUCGACUAUACCAAAGAAGUGGACACUUUCGCAUCACUAAUUCCUUUUCCGAACCAGACUGUGCCGGAACCGGAUUCAGCUGACGUAGUAAUAACAGCUGUAGGACAACCUAUCGUUUACGAAAGAUCUGCUUCAAGUUUUAGCGACGCCUCUACUCUAGUUCUAAAUGCUGAAGACGAUAACCAAUUGGUUAUUGAUGAAGGCGAACCGGUGGCAAAUGUGGAGGAGAAUCUACAAAGUACCUCGCGGGAUUUGAACGAUAUUUCUAGUGAACAGAAUAUUCAACAGACAACUUCGAAUUUGGGAGAUCCCGUCCUUGGUAAUGUGCAGACGACAUUUCCUGGCACGAGUGAUGAUGUUAUCAGUGAUGUGAAUAAACAACAGACUUUUCUGGGUUUGAAGGCUGCUCCCAGUGAUGUGCCUAUACAACAAACUCCUCUGGGUUUGAAGGAUGCUCCCAAUGAUGUGAAUAUAGAACAGACUCCUCUGGAUUUGAAGGAUGCUCCCAAUUAUGUGAAUAUACAACAAACUUCUCUGGGUUGGAAGGAUGCUCUCAGUGAUGUGCCUGUACAACAGACUCCUCUGGAUUUGAAGGAUGCUCCCAAUUAUGUGAAUAUACAACAAACUUCUCUGGGUUUGAAGGAUGCUUCUAGUGAUGUGCCUAUACAACAAAUUCCUCUGGAUAUGAUGGAUGCUCCAAAUGAUGUGAAUAUACAACACACUUCUCUGGGUUUGAAGGAUGCUCCCAGUGAUGUGACUAUACAACCAAUAACUUCCUGUUUGAAUAAUCUUAAUGAGAGUGCGCAUCAAAUACCCCUGGGAUUGAGAGAUGUUUCCAGUAAGGUAAAUGUGCAAGAAAUCUCUCCGGAUUUGAACGAUGCUCCUGGUCUUGUCAGUAUACAGCAGAUAACUUCGGAAUUGUAUGAUCUUCUCAAUAGAAAGGUGCAAGAGUCAUCUUUGGAGUUGAUAGCCAGUGAUGUGAAUAUGCAACAGACAACUCAGAAUUUGAACGAUGUUCUUGAUGAAUUGACUACACCACAUAUCUCCCCUGAUACAAACAAUGUUCGUGAUGCCGUGAAUGCUCCAAAAUCUUCCUCGAACCAAGCUCCCAAUGCUGCAUUGCUGUUGGAGGAAUUAUUUGGAGCAGCGACCGAUAUAGAGAAAUCGUCUUUCCAUAGCCAGCAAAGCUUUAUGAUCGUCCCAGCAUCGACUAUCGUAGAAGUUACCCAUAAAAGUAACAGUGGAUUAACAGAAAUUAGAAAGGAUACUGAAAGUACCCAAGUUGAUACAAAUGCGGUUGCUUUGACUUCAGAUGUUGACAAAUAUUUUGUUGGGAGAUAUUAUAUGGAAUGGACUUGUCUAUUCCGUUUUGAACAUCAUGAAAGUGACACCACCUGCACGCUUGUCAAAUGUACGACACAGUUAAAAUCUGUUUCCAAAUUCUCAUCCGCUUCCUGA